AUGCUAUCCGAACAAACACGUACUACUAUCAAGGCGACCGUCCCAGUCUUGGAACAACAAGGUUCCGUAAUCACUCGUACUUUCUACAAGAACAUGUUGAGUGAACACACCGAACUAUUGAACAUUUUCAACAGAAUCAACCAAAAGAAAGGUGCUCAGCCAAAUGCCCUAGCUACCACCGUCUUAGCUGCCGCCAAGCAUAUUGAUGACUUGACUCCCCUCUUGGAUCACGUCAAGCAAAUCGGUCAAAAGCAUCGUGCGUUGCAAAUUAAACCAGAACAUUACCCAAUCGUCGGUGAAUACCUUUUGAAAGCCAUUAAGGAAGUCCUAGGUGAUGCCGCUACGCCUGAGAUUAUUAACGCCUGGGGUGAAGCAUACGGUGAAAUUGCUAAUGUCUUUAUCACCGUGGAAAAGGAAAUGUACGCUGAACAAGCUUGGCCAGGUUGGAAACCAUUCACCGUGGUCGACAAGGAAUUGGUCGCCAAUGACGUCUACGCCUUCACUGUGAAACCAACCACGGAAUCAGGUAUCAAUUUGUCCACUUUGCCCAUCGUUGCUGGUCAAUAUAUCACCGUGAACACUCAUCCAGUGAGACAAGAUAACCAAUACGAUGCCUUGCGUCAUUAUUCUUUAUGUUCCAUUUCCACCAAGGAUGGAUUGAAAUUCGCUGUGAAAUUGGAAACUGAUAAGACUCAUCCAGCUGGGUUGGUCUCUGAAUUCUUACAUAAGGAUGUGAAAGUCGGUGAUGAAUUGAAAUUAAGUGCUCCAGCUGGUGAUUUCGCUCUUACUGAUAAAUUAAUUCAUCAAAAUGAAAUCCCAUUAGUGUUACUAUCCGCUGGUGUCGGUGUCACUCCAAUCUUAGCCAUGUUGGAAAAGCAAGUCACUGAAAAUCCAAACAGACCAAUCUACUGGAUUCAAUCAAGUUACAACGAAGGCACUCAAUCCUUCAAGAAACAUGUCGAUGAACUAUUAGACAAGGCCACCACUACAAAGAAAACAAUCCUUUACACUGACACUCAACCAGCCAUCGAUGCUGAAUUCUUACAAGAACAAAUCCCAGCUAAUGCAGAUGUCUACCUAUGUGGGUCUCUAGGUUUCAUGCAAGCCAUGAUUGAACAUUUGAAGAUCUUAGAACACAAGGAUGAUUUCAUUCAUUAUGAACCAUUCGGUCCAAAGAUGUCCACCGUGAAAGUUUAA